UGACUGAUGGUCGAAUGCAGCAAUCACAAUUUUAGUAAGAAACCCGUGUUAAACUAUAUAAAACAUUUUCACGGUGUGCUCGCCCUUUGUGAUAAUGUCGGCAGAAUAUGAAGGGAGACCUAGAGACAAUGGCCCCGAGGGCAUGGAGCCAGAUGGAAUCAUCGAAAGUAACUGGCAUGAGAUCGUGGACAGCUUUGAUGACAUGAACCUGCGUGAGACUCUUCUCAGGGGAAUCUAUGCUUAUGGUUUUGAGAAGCCCUCUGCCAUCCAGCAAAGGGCUAUUCUCCCUUGUAUCAAGGGAUAUGAUGUCAUUGCACAGGCUCAGUCAGGUACGGGCAAGACUGCCACCUUUGCCAUCUCUAUCCUGCAGCAGAUUGACAUAGAGCUCAAAGGUUCUCAGGCCUUGGUUCUGGCACCCACCCGUGAAUUAGCUCAGCAGAUCCAGAAAGUGAUUCUGGCUCUUGGAGACUAUAUGGGUGCAACGUGCCAUGCCUGCAUCGGUGGGACCAAUGUGCGCAAUGAGGUCCAAAAGCUGCAGGCAGAGGCACCGCACAUUGUAGUGGGAACCCCAGGUCGCGUCUACGACAUGCUUAACCGAAAGUUCCUCUGUGAGUACUCCGUAUUGUGAGAGAUCAAGUGCUGGGGCUGGAUUCACAAAAAAGUU